AUGAAGGAAUUUAACGACAAUACUUCUUUUUUGCCAAAUGUUGUAAGUAAUGAAAAUGUCAAUAAUGGUAGUAGUAUAUCGAACGAUGAAAAUAUCGCGCAUAAUGAAAACGUAGAUGAAAAUGAAAACGUAGAUGAAAAUGAAAACGUAGAUGAAAAUGAAAACGUAGAUGAAAAUGAAAACAUAGAUGAUAAUGAAAACGUACGUCAUAGUGAAAAUUUAGGUUAUGAUGAAAACGUAGAUGAUAAUGAAAACGUAGAUGAUAAUGAAAACGUAGAUGAUAAUGAAAACGUAGGUCAUAGCGAAAACGUAUAUCAUCGUGAAAGCCUGUAUCAAGGUAAAAGCCUAUAUCAUGGGGAAAGCCUAUAUCAUAGUGAAAACAUAUAUAAAAAUGAAUUAAUAGAUGAUAAUGACAUUGCACCAAUCAGCGACUGUGUAACAAGUAAUUAUAAUGACGUAACUGUUGUGUCAGAUGAAGAAGAGGCUAAAGAAAAAAAAGAGGAGUACAACAAAUCGUUUAGCACUGUAAAGAUGGAAAGACCCAUUUGGAACAUUGAUAAAAUUGCAUUUUAUGAAAUUGUUUUGAAACAACUUAAAGAUGACAAUUUAACUGAAUCGUUCGAUAUUUUAAAAAGGGAGUUAAAUUUAGAAGAAAAUAAGACUGCUGAAGAAAAUUAUCUAUUCAAUUUAUUUACAAAGAAUAUAUUUAAAAAACCUGAAAUAAACAAUGAAGAGGAAUAUAGAAAAAAAUUGACGUCAUACGAAAUCUUAAAUAAAAAAUUAAACAUAUCCAACAACAAUUGUUGCAUUCUAAAUUACGAUGUAAAAAACGGAAAAGUGAGAAAAGUAUAUUCUUAUGAAGUUACGGAUCGUAUUGAAUUAAUUCAUAAAAAUAAAUGUAUUUGUUGUGCAACAAAUUUUACAAAUAAUAUUUUGUGUUCAGGUGGUUCAGAUAAUAUUAUAAAAAUAGCUAAAAUAAAUGAUAUAAAAAAAAAAAAAAUUUUUACUAUUGAUAAUAAACAUACAGGAAAAAUUAAUUGCCUUAAAUUUCAUCCUAUGAAAAAUAUUUUAUUUUCAGCAAGCGAUGAUUGUACAAUUCAGAUUAUGGAUGUAAAUAAAAUUUUAAAAAAGAAAAAGCAACAAUAUAAUAAAUAUAAUAAAAAUAUACGUGAAAAAUUACAUGAUGACCUGUUCAGAAAUAUUAUAAUUCAAGAUAAAAAUCCUUUUAUAUCCAUGUGUGUACAUCCGUGUGGUGAUUUCCUUUAUGCAAGUAAUAAAAAUGAAAAUAUAUUAAAAUUAUAUGACCUUGAAACUUUAACAUGUUUUACGUCAUCUGAUCAAAACACAUAUCAUACUUCAUCCAUUAAUGAUAUUAGUGCAACAUCCGAUGGAAAUAUAUAUGCUUCCGUUUCCGUUGAUGGGAAUAUAAAAAUUUGGGAUGGUCAUAAUUCUCAUUUAAUACAUACACAGUUAAAUGCACAUAAUGGGUACUCUAUUCAAUCAGUCAAAUUUAACAAGUCAAAUUGUUAUAUCAUAACAUCAGGACUUGAUGGACAAACAAAAAUUUGGGAUAUAAGAAAUUUUAAAUCCCUUUUUACCUUUGGACAUGGGUUAUCAUGUUCUUCAAAUAAAAGUAUCUUUAUGAAUGAUGAAUUGCUCUUAGCUAAUAUUAUUCAAACAAAUGAUCAUUUUACAUCGAAAUUUUAUAUUUACAAUUCCUAUUUUGGAAAUAUAGAGCAUAACAUACAAGAUAUACACAUAGAUCAGAUAUCUGAUAUUGUUAAUGCAAAAGAUGGGUUGAAUGUGCACACAGCUGGGUAUGAUUGUGUGUGCAAGACCAUUAAAAUUGAGCAGAAAUACGUGCACGAUUAUUAG